AUGCAUAGCCCGAGGUGCAAGAAGUAUCAAAAAGGACAGAGAAGUCAGAAGAAACCAAGCCAUCUUAGACAACUCUAUGGUUCCUGGGAGGAAAGGCUGGCUGAUGUUGUGACACCACUGUGGAGGCUGAGCUAUGAGGAACAGCUCAAGGUGACAUUUGAAGCUCAGAAGAAAAUUUUACAAAGACUAGAGUCUUACCUCCAAAUGCUCAGUGGGGUCAAUGUGACAUCUACACCCAGACCUGAGGGGCUCUGUUGUCUUCUCCAUCCUGUUAUAUCCUCUCUUGUCAUCAGUGGCUACUGAAAUAAGUCCACCUUCUCUGUGAACCAAGGUCCAGAUGGCAAUCCAAAGACUUUGGGGUACUUCCUGGGAAAUUGGAGAGACAGAAACAUCAUCUGUGUGCAGUCUAACCAUUUGAAAAACAUCCCUUAGAAACACAAUCAAAUAGUGCAAUACUUUGAAGUAUUACUUCAACAGUCCCCAGUGGAGCUCUGCCUUCUGUUUCAUGAAGGUGGGUACUGGUGUGAGCUCAUAGUUCGCACCAAUAACCAAGGACACACAAUGGCCAUCAUCCCUUUCUAUCCUCAGGAAUUAAAGACAGGUGAGACUCACAUCAGAAAGAGGCUGUAAAGAAGUUUUUUUAUCACCGGGCUAGGAGCAAUCUGUGACUUGAGAGCACUUUACUUUCAGGAAAGCACACAGAUGUGUUCUAGCCAUCAGCAAUCCCCAUACCAGCUCCUGUUUGGGGAACCCCACCUCUUUGGAGAUCUCUUGGGCUUGAAGAUCCACAUCUCUCCAGAUACCUUUUUCCAGAUUAACACUGCUAGUGCUGAAGUGUUAUAUCAGACAGUGGGGGAGCUGAGUGGAGUGAACCCUAACACCAUCCUCCUUGAUAUCUGCUGUGAAACUGGUGUGAUUGGCCUCUCUCUGGCUCAGUAUACAUCCCAGGUCCUUGGGAUUGAGUUGGUGGAACAGGCAGUAGAGGAUACCAGGUGGACUACAGCCUUCAAUGGCAUCACCAACUGUGAAUUCCACACUGGUUGAGCAAAGAAGAUUUUGCCACAGCUACUAAAAUUGAAGGAAGAUGGGCAGUUCAUUGUUGCUGUGGUGAACCCAGCCCAGGCGGGACUGUAUCGCCAGGUGGCUCAAGCCAUUUGAAGCUGCAGAGCUAUCCGUACACUGAUUUUUGUUUCUUGCAAGCCCCAUGGUGAAACCACAAGGAACAUCAUUGAGCUGUGCUGUCCUCCAGACUCUGCUAAGAAGCUCCUCAGUGAGCCUUUUGUCCUGAGAAAAGCUGUGCCUGUGGAUCUGUUCCCCCACACCCUGCACUGUGAGCCAGUGCUCCUCUUCACUUGAUAAGCAACCUCCCACAACACUGCAGGCUCUGUCUUAAGGCUGAAGUUUCAGUAACUUCCAGGUUUGGCAUACUGCCACAUUGUAGACCCUGAGCGAAUUAUUAGAGAAACCAGUCUUUGAAUCAUGAGCAGUAAGAAUGUUACAGAUGACCCAUGAACAACAGAGGCCACUGACCCCCCCCCCCCACAGUUGAAAAUCUGCGUCUAACUUUUGGCUCCUCAAAAAUUUAAGUACAAAGAGCCUACCGUUGACUGGAAGCCUUACCAAUAACAGAACUGGUAAAUUAAUACAUAUGUUGUAUUUUAUAUAUAUUAUAUACAGUAUUUGUACUAUAAAGUAAG